CAAUGACGAGAAAAUAACAGAAAUUGAUUUUGAAGUUUUGGACGUUUUCACUCUAUUACUUUGUCUGUAGACACAUUUAACUACGAAGAUGAAGAACCGGUGGUGUAGAGAUGAUCACACUUUUCACUUUCAAUUACGUACACCAAUUCCAUUCACUCUUCUUUUUUUUACUCCUUAUCAUUUUCAUGGACUCUUCUUUUCCAUUUCUUCUUCCUUUUUCCUGCUUAAAAACUAUAAUUAACCAAACUAAAUUAUGGGUUUGGGUUUUAGACUCAAUCUAAAGCCGGGUUUUCCUUUUCUCUCUCAAUCUCUCUCUAAUUCGCCUUCCAGACUCUCUUCGUCAUCAUCUUCUGUUAAAGGCAGGGAGGGUUUCAAGACAUAUGUUUAUUCGUCUGCAGUUCAAAUUAUUGAGAAUGAUUAUUCUCAAACUGAAGGGUUUAAGGUGAAUGUUGGCAAGAGAUCUAAUUCUCACUGUGGAGGCAUAGGUGUGAUUGAUGAUGGUGAAGUUUAUGUUAAAGAGAAGAUUUUGAGGUAUAGUUUGUUGUUGGAAAAUCUUUAUAGUUUAGAGGAGUCAUUUGCUGAUUCGGAUGCAUUGAAGUUAGAAAGGGAUAUUCUGCAACAAUUAGGAAGGCUUGGAGCAUUGAAAUUAUUUAAUUCUUGCCUAAUAAGCACCCUUGAAAUCACAAAUGUUGCGGAUUUAUCGGAUGUUCGCGCUGAAAAUAUGGGCGAAUGUAGAGUAGGAGGUAGACAAACUAAUCAUGUGAAUGAGGAAGUUAUUAUUCGCUCAACGAAGAAGGAACAACGAAAAUCUAGAAGAGAAAGAGCUGUAGUGAAAAAUGAACGUAAAGCUGCUUCUUUGGCAUUAUGUUCGAAACCUAUUGCUUGCGGAAAGCUUAUGGUUUCUUCUGUUAAGAAAGUGUCCAACUCAAAGAGUAGGAGGUUGAUGAUUGCUAGAAAUGAGGCGGAAAUGGCGAAAGGAGUCAAGGUGCUUGCAGGCUUGGAAAAGAUCCGAGCAAUUCUUGAAGAAGAAAGUGGACAAGCAGUCGGCAUGAGUUGUUGGGCUGAAGCAGCUGGGCUUGAGCUGAAGGUGCUUCAGCAUCAAUUGAGUUUUGGUUGGUAUUGCAGGGAUGAGCUCGUCAAGAGCACUCGUUCCUUAGUUCUAUAUUUCGCUAGAAAUUAUAGGGGUAUGGGAGUAGCUUUGGAAGAUCUCCUUCAGGCUGGAAAUAUGGGAGUCUUGCAAGGUGCAGAAAGAUUUGAUCACACAAGGGGAUACAGAUUCUCUACAUAUGUACAAUAUUGGAUACGCAAAUCAAUGUCAAGGAUUGUGUCGCGACUUGCUAGAGGGAUCCAAAUUCCUUGCACACUAAGCCGGGCAAUAAACCAGAUAAAGAAAGCUCGAAAAGCAUUAAGCACCAGCCACGGUAAAUACCCAGAUGACAAUGAAAUUGCCAAGUUCACAGGUCUUUCUCUGGCUAAAAUUGAAUCGGCUAGCAGAUGCCUCAGAGUUGUGGGUUCUAUUGAUCAGAAAGUCGGAGAGUCUUUCAAUGCUAAAGUCUUGGAAUUUAUCCCUGAUACAUGUGUUGAGAGUCCUGAAGGAGUUGUUUUAAGGCAACACAUGAUACAAGACAUACACAAACUCUUAAGAGAGUUGGAUCCUAGAGAGAGGCAAGUAUUAGUUCUUAGAUUCGGAAUCAAGGAUUAUCAACCUAAGUCACUUGAGGAAAUUGGGAGGCAUUUCCAUGUCAGCAAAGAGUGGGUGAGGAGAUUACAGAAUAAAGUUUUGACAAAACUUAGGAAUGAAGAAACUCGCAGGAAUUUAAGACACUAUAUUAAUUCUUAGUCUCCUACAAUUCCCUGGUUUUUGAGUAGGGGUUGAAAAUUUUGAGUCAGGUGAUGUUGGCUUGUUGAAUUUAUACAGUAGAAUUUUUCUUUUUGGCCUCAUAAGUCAUAAGUAUAUAAUUUUAUUCCUUUAUAUUUCAAAUAAGUGCAUCUUUAAAUUCCAACUUCUGUUUUUGCUUAGCACAUGUAUAUGUGAAGAAUUCAUCAGGUAUUUUGAUUGUAUUGGACUUUCAGGAUAUCAUAUUCUUUGAAUGACACACUGAUGUUCUGUAAA